AUGAACAGUAAUGUUGAAGAAUUACUACGGCAUAUUCCCCUUUACAACAUAUAUGGAAAGGACUUUCCACAAGAAAGAGUGACUAGGCUCCAGAUUCCUGAGUUUAAGUUACCAUCGUUACAACCACCAAGGGACUUAGUAUACCCUUGGUACGAAGAAUGCGACAAUAUCACAAAAGUCUGUCAGUUGCAUGAUUCUUCCAGUAAGAAAUUCGACCAGUGGUACAAGGAGCAUUACAUGAGUAAAAAACCACCAGGAAUUGUUGGAAACACACUAUUAUCUCCAUCAAAAAAGGAGGAUUCCUAG